AUGCGUGCUCCAGCCCCGCUCCCUCCCCAGCAUCCAGCGUCCCGUCACUGGCUCCGCCCCCUGCAGGCGUACCACGUCACAGCGCGUCCGACCUACAGCGACCCCGGAAGUGGGUCGGGGGCUUGGCUUCUGCCCGGCCGCGGAGCCCGAGUGGGCGCUGGGUUUCGCCAGGCGAGUCGCUCCGGUGGCGGAGCCCACGUCGUGGGGCCCAGAAUGCUGAACGUCCCUUCGCAGGCUUUCCCGGCCCCCGGCUCGCAGCAGCGCGCCGCCUCCCAGGGGCUCAGCAAGGUACCUUUAAAACAGGGCAGAAGUCUUAUGGAUUGGAUUCGACUGACCAAAAGUGGAAAGGAUUUAACAGGAUUAAAAGGGAGGUUAAUUGAAGUCACUGAAGAAGAACUUAAGACACACAACACGAAAGACGACUGUUGGAUAUGCAUAAGAGGGUUCGUUUAUAAUGUCAGCCCAUAUAUGGAGUAUCAUCCUGGUGGGGAAGAUGAAUUGAUGAGAGCAGCUGGGUCAGAUGGUACUGACCUUUUUGAUCAG